AUGGAUUUUCUACUAUUUGUACUGAACAAAACUACUUCGGAUCUAAAUCCCAAUAAUCUUCGAUACAUGUUUUACUUUGUGACACCAAAUGAGACGAUUUACAACAAUGACGAGGAAGUGCCUCACUAUCUUAGUUUGACUAUGACAUGGAUGUUCGUACUUAUGAUUCUGGAGUUUCUGCUCGAUGAUCGGAAUUACGCAUUCAAUGAUACGGUGACUUCAGUCAACACUGGAGUUCUCUUCUCUCUAUUGAAAGUACGAGGAAGAUUUCUUUCGCGUGCAUUUUACGGGUCGGUCUACGAACGAAUACACAUAAUUGACUUUCCUAAGGACUCGGCUUACACAUGGAUUUUGGGCUUUUUGCUCCAAGAAUUAUCUUACUAUUCAGGGCAUAGAGCUAUGCAUGAGGUUGGGUUGGGUUGGUGGUUCCACCAGGUGCAUCAUUCUUCGGAAUAUUUCAACUUUAGCACAGCUAUGAGGAUAGGCUUUUUAGAGGACGUUGGUCUGCUUGCUUUCGAUCUGAUGCAAGCGACAAUUAUUCCGCCAAACAUCUUCUUUGUUCACCGCUGUCUCAGUUUGAUGUUCAGAUUCUGGCAACAUACAAAUGUGAUUCCGAACUUGGGUCCAUUGGACUAUUUCUUGUGCACACCAUCUAAUCAUCGCGUUCACCACGCAAGAAACCCAUACUGUAUUGAUAGGAAUUACGGCGCUGUGCUAAUCAUCUGGGAUAGAUUAUUUGGCACUUAUGAGCCAGAGCGUAAAGACGAAAAAAUCGCUUAUGGUUUAGUGAAGCCUAUCGCAUCAUUCGAUCCGCUAGGAUUUCAGUUUUUUGAAGUCAAAGCUCUGUACGACAGGGGACAGACGAGGGACCAGAUGGGAAAGGAAAUCUUUACAGGAUUUUGGAAUAAGGUAAAAGCUGCUUUCUUGCCUCCGGGCUACUUCCCUGGCGUCAAAACCAAACGCUUUUUGAUGUGGCUUUAUAAGGCGGACAAUACUGAAAGGAUACCAAAAAUCGAAAAUCCUGUUGUUCCGUAUAAUCCACCUCUGUGUGCACCACUACGAUACUACUUGCUCUUUCAAUGGCUAAUUCUACUUGGAAACUUCCUGAAAUUUGCUGUUGACCGACAAACCAUGUCAUGGCCACUGUUUCUAACUUAUCUGUCCUAUUUAAUUUUGUUUGCACAGACGUUUGGAUAUUAUUUCGAUCAAAGACGCAUAUGCAUCUUUGUCGACUGCUGCCGGUUGAUAGCAGUGAUAGUAAGUGGCUUGUUCAUGUGGGACACAACCUCAAUUUUCUAUGGCAUUGGAUCACUAAUAGUUGUAUCGGUUCUCAUCACCACAGGGAACAUUAAGACAGCUGAGAAACAAACAUAAUUGUGCUUACCCCUAAAAUUCUCAAUGGUUCUUGACUUUCUGUUUUGUGCUUUGGCGAAAAUCAUCAUUUGAACAGCAAAUAGGAUGAAGUUGCUGUUUUACGUAGAAACAGAAAUAUUAGGUUGGAAACUAAGUUUUGCAACUGAUCUCAUAACUUCCCUCUCACUCAACAUGGCGCACUCAAAUUUUGCCACUGCGUUUGUUAUCACGUAAGCUACAAGCGCAGCUGCUGUCCUACCAAAUUUUGACGUCGCAGUGAAAGUUACGGUAGGUGUAUGGUAUGAAG